GCCCGACGCGCUGACGUCACGGGGCACGCCGCGUAAACGCCAAUGUCGGUGAGAUUUCCGGAAGAAGCGGUGACAGAAGCUGCGCUGGAGGGGAAGCUAUUGAGCCCCUGGGGCGGGGGGCUGCUCUCCUGACCGGGCCGCCCCCACCGGACCCGGUUGCGGUCCGGGCCCCGGUCCCGAUCCUGAGAGUCGCAGACAGGCCGUCCCGGCCGGCCGGCCGCAGGUCGGGAUGCAGGCAGUAGAACAAGAGGGGUGUGGGCCAGAGGGGACCCCCACUGCCAAUCCCGAGGCCCAACCUGAUUCUCCGCCUGUCCCACCUAAGCCUCCAGGGCUUGAUCUCUUCAACUUGGUCCUAUUUUACAAGAGGCUUGUUCUCUACUUCGAACCCCUUAAGGAUGCAGGCGAUGGGAUCCUCUAUUUGCUCAGGUGGCAGACACCAGUGUGUUCCCUGCUGACCUGCUUGGGUCUCAAUUUCCUCUUCUUAACUUUGAAUGAGGGUGCCUGGUACUCAGUGGGUGCCCUGCUGAUUUCUGUGCCUGCCCUGCUAGGCUACCUGCAGGAGGUGUGCCGGGUCCGCCUCCCCGAGCCCGAGCUGAUGAGGAGGAAGUAUCACAGCGUGAGGCAGGAGGAUCUGCGCAAGGUGCGCCUGUCACGGCCUGAGGCCGUGGCAGAGGUGAAGAGCUUCUUGAUCCAGUUGGAGAGCUUCCUGAAUCAGUUGUGCUCUAGGUGUGAAUCGGUCUAUCGAGUGCUGUACUGGGAGAACCCAGCAGUGUCCUCACAGUUCUAUGGGGCCCUCCUGGCCUCCGUCUUUGUGCUGUAUGUGUUUCCCCUGUGCUGGGUCCUUGCCCUUCUCAACAGCACCCUCUUUCUGGGAAAUGUGGAGUUCUAUCGAGUAGUGGCAGAAUACCGGGCUUCCCUGCAGCAGCGGAUGAACCCUAAGCUACCAGUGAGUACUGAGGAAUGCCUGGAAUCAGACAGCGGGGGAAGAGGAGCUCUUCUGGACUGCAGUUCAACCCCUACUCCCACCGAGGACCUCACACCAGGCAGCGUGGAGGAAGCAGAGGAGGCUGAGCCAGAUGAAGAAUUUAAAGAUGCUAUUGAGGAGACCCACCUGGUGGUACUGGAGGAUGACGAGGGAUCUCCCUGCAAUGUGGAAUAUGAUCUGGCCCUACAUGACAAUGGUUUUAUGAGCAAGAAUGAAGUGAUUCGAAGCAAGGUGUCUCGACUCACCGAGAAGCUCCGAAAACGUUAUCCCACCAACAAUUUUGGAAACUGUACCAGCUGCUCUGCUACUUUCUCAGUGCUGAAGAAGAGGCGCAGCUGUAGUAACUGUGGAAAUAGCUUUUGCUCCCGGUGCUGCUCCUUCAAGGUCCCCAGGUCCUCCAUGGGAGCCACAGCCCCUGAAGCACAGAGGGAGACUGUAUUUGUGUGUGGUUCAUGUAACCAGACCCUGAGCAAGUGAGAAGAGAGCCCUGGGGUGGCACUUGGGAGCCUGCCCUGCUCACCCUCCUCUCCUGAACCUGCUCCAGAGGCUAGUUAGACUCCCCAGACCCCUCAUGCCAGUGUGUGGAGGUAGCUGGGCAGAGCUGAUGUGAACAUUGGCUAGGUGCCUCCCCUCCCUUUCUCCACCUGGGAGAUGCCCACCCGGGGUCACCGAUGACAUUUCCAGCUUCUCUUUGUGUUCCUCUGGGUGACUGGAGUGAUGGCCGCCCUCCAGUUUCUGUGCGGGGUAAACCCUGGAUUGCCAAAGGUGUUGGCUGGGACCGCGGGCUAGAGGGAAGCGGGACUGAGCGGGGGAUCAGAGUGGGCAGCAGUGGGGGAAGCCAGACCUUGGCUCUUCCUUGUGAGUGUGGACUCCCCUUCAUCCUGUGGCCUUCAUGACACUGGCAGUUGUGAAGGAACCUCCAAAGCUAAGAAGGAGCCUGCAUCGCACAUCAGCCUGGAGGGACAGAAGCACCUGAGAACUCGACCCCGGGCCCUUCCAGGAGAACUCGGGCAGAGCUGGAGGGGGAGUAGCUGUAGGCCCCCCCCACCCCCGUCCGUGGCAUUUCACUGCUCCUCAAGGGCUGCAGGUGCAAGGUGUUGCCCCCUGACCUUUGGCACUGUAAUUGUCAGAGGGUCCAGAAUGAGGACUAUGCAAGACCAGUUAGAAGCCAGCCGUCAGCUCUGUGUGAGCUGGACAGAAAGGCUUUUAUGACUGCAGCCUUCAGCCCACCCUGCUCCAUUCCCACAGUCGCUCCCUUGGAAAGUAAGACAGGGUAGGGAACUUGUAAGUUCCAUGUUACUGUUCUGACUCUCAGCCAGGGGAGGCAGCUUGGGGAACUGGCUAGCUUGCUACCAUUUGUUCUUAGGCCUCCGUAGACGUCCCUUCUGCUACACAGUCUCCCUUUAAGUGGACUGGAUCCCUUCUUCACGUUGCCCGGGCUCCCCUCCCGUGUCAUGGAUGUGCUCAGAGAUGUAGUGGUGAAGCCAGGAGAUCCCUUUGACCCUCUGGGCCUGGGAGGUACAAGAACCUUCUGGCCACAUCUCUGUUAAGGGAUUGCUUGAUGCUGGCCACACCCUUUGAUUAGUUUGGGCAGAUAGCUACUUUCUUGAGGACCAAAUGGCGCUUCCUAGGCUAUGAGUCUGGUCAGGUUCUCUUUCUACACUGGCACUUCCCUCUCUAUAUUGGAAAUAUUUAUUUAUUUAUUACAUGGUUCUUGGGAACAGGGGGUGUUGGAACUAGAUUAAAGAGGAACCUGGGACUACCCUUAGCCUGAGACUUUCUGGAACUAUGAGGUUCCUUCAGACAUAGGACUUAGGAGGCUGAAGUAUUUCAGGUCCUCACACCUUCCCCGCCCCCUUUCUCUCCCUCUCCCCCCCUUCAGUUGGAGGCACUAGGAUACCCAGGGGUCUACCAGAUCUUAGUGCCUCCCUUUCUGCCACUUCUUCCAAUCUCUCCCCUUAAAAGUGUGAGCUUGAAUAUACUAUGCUUUACACUGGAAGUGUGCUAAAGAAAUCUCUGUGUACAUGGAGACGACAAUAAAAAGCAUCAGGCCAUUUGUGUUACUCCUUUCA